AAAAGUGCGGGUUCCUUCGUUUCCUCUCCGGGCCGGGCCGUCGACUGCCUGUCCUGCCCAUCCAACUCGCCUCGCCCAUCGCACUCGUCCUGCCGAUCCGCCUCAGCACCAGUGUUGCAACAGCCAGAAUGAGCGAGCCAUUGAGAUCAAGCCAGAAGCGAACCUUCUAUGACAGCAUCCGCCCAGUAGAGGUGCCGUGCAUGUCCAGCUUCAGCCAGCAGAACUGGGCCAGCCAACCCACCGCAGCCAAUACGCCAGCAGCCAAUGCCCAUCCCAAGGCCCCCAGAGGAGAUCCCAUCGGCGGCUACGAAAGCAAUCAAUGGUCUUGGUUCCUGUCGGAUCUCGACUGGAGUCAAGAGGCGCCGCUGGAGGCCGAGCUGUCACUGCGACCGGACGUUAUACGGAUACCCAAAGCUUCGUCGCUACCCUUUGACGAGCCCACGACAACGCACCUGAUCGAGUGCUUUUUCCACAUGGUCCAGUCCGUCUCGGCAAUGUGCUCUUACGACGACUUUUUCGCCGAGUACAACCAGCCUUAUCAUACCGAGGUGUUCAAUCUGCUCGUGUGGGUGAUUUGCACGCUCAUGGCACAGCAAUCGCCCAAGCUCAAGAGUUCCAAGUCAUUUGAUCCGAUUGCGACACAGAGGCGGCUGAUGAACCACUGCGAAUCGCAAGUUCACAAGCAUUUGGGUUACCCACAUAUUCAGAUGGUGCAGUCCCUUAUCCUUUGGGGCUUGAUCUGCAUCGACUCGGCCGACUUUCUGUACCAGCGCAGCCGAAACUAUGUUGCCGUUGCCUAUUCGAUGACCAUCGACAUUGGUUUCCACUUGAAUCCGUACCGAGAGCUCGGCGAUGUGCGCCAAAAGUCAGUCCGGUUCAUCGUCCACAGAAACACCUUUGCGAUGCUCUAUAUCAUGGACCGUCUGAGCUCGUUUCUGACCGGCCGCCCGGUUCUCAUUCCCGAAGGAUCCUGGGAUCCGUCGCUUGUCAUCAAAGGCGAGGAAGAAGACAUCUGGAACCAGUUCCUGUACAUCAUCUUCCGGCUCUGUCAAAUCUCGACGCAGAUGCUGAACGUGCUCAACGGCUCAAAAGCGCUCAAUACGCCGGAGCGGCGGCGCACGGUGGGUCGCCACGCUCUCAACGAGCUCGAGCACUGGUGGUCGACUCUCCCGCCGGCGUAUGAGGACGCUCUGGCGUCGCUUCGGCCUGGAAACAGACCAACUUGGUCACUCCGCCAUUGGCUCGUGCUUCGCUUCAACGCCUAUAUCAUCAUAGCAACGCGGAUGACCGGCGACAAGGUGCCCAUGAAGUUGAUCAGGAAUGUGCGCGAGAUUGCGGGCUGCCUCAGGAACCACCCGGCACUUGUUUCGCCGACCCAGCACGUCUUUCAGCGGUCGUUGAUGGUCCACUACGCAGUGCUGUCGAUCACGCUGCUGAUCGACGUCAUCCUCGGGGCACCCACUAAGGAGCCGCUCGACCACAGGGACAUGGUGCUCUUGGCCAACGAUUUGAACGAAACGCUGGUGUUUCUCGAGAAUCUGCACUCGGGUGUGGUCGCAUUCUUGCGUCGGCUCAUCACAAAGUGCACGACCGGACGGGUGUCUUACAAACGGCCGAUUGCCGUUCGUCCGGUCCUUCAGCUUGGCUACUCCGACGGCAAAGCCGGCCAGCGCCCGGAAGACUCCCUGACGAGCGAGAGUGCAUUGGCGUCCUCGCUUCUACAGCACCGCGACGAAUCUGCUCAGCGAACACCGACCCCUUCCGUCCAAACCAGCAAGCCGCCUCGCCCGAUUCUGAUCCGCCCUGCUCCGACUCCCCCAGCUCCGGCUGUGUCCGCUCAAGCGCCAGCGCCAGCACAAGCCAUGUUUCAGUCAGUAGCAACACCCACCCUGCAGUCCGAGCAGAGAGAUAGCGGCGCUGCAAUCACCUAUGUGCCGCUACAGCUUCACUCGUCCACAGCGAUUCACGGCUCUGAGCAGAACCCAAACGCAAGCAGACCUGGCCUGAAGCUCGAUUUUCAUUCACGGAGCGAUACACUACCGCCUGUGCAGCUGCCAUUUGGACUCGAUACCCUGCUGGCGUCGGGCAACGUCAACUCGGCCGUUUCCGAGGCGGCGCACAGCGAUCUCGCACACUUCGGGAAUCCCUCCGCCGUGCCAUUGUCGGUCGGUACAACCCUUGCAAACCCAAGCGACUUUGAGUACUUUACAAUGCCGUCGCCGCCGUUUGGACUCCAGGACUGGCCGAGUCCGCUUUUCUUGUCGCUUAUUGAGGACGAAAGUCUUCCGUUAAUUGGCAGCGGUAGCGGCAGCAAUCCCGCCACCGAAGGCAGCCAGGGCGAAGCCGAUACCGGCGCUUCAAAGCCAAGCACCAGCACCUCGAGUCCUCUGGGCUGAACAAGCAACAACGGGAAUUGCAGCAGUAUGGGCGUCGUGGCCAUGACGACAGCAGCCGAGACUGCCCAACGCGGCAACGCAUGCUCCGAAUACUGCCGAGUGGCUUUCGCGAAUCUCUGGGCUGGCUCAGCCCCGAGCUCAAUAAACAUGUGGCAGAACUCGUUUGUUCGUGUUCGUUCCUCCC